UAUAUAAAUCUAAUUAAUCAUAUAUAUACCAAUCUAACGGCAAAUAUGCUCAACGCCCUCAGAUCAGCUACCAGAGCACAACCACUUGCUGUCUUCUCAUCAAAUCCUUCGCAUCAUUACAGUAUUUGUUCAAAGUCUUCUCAGAUCAAAUUCCGGACUCUGUUGACAGAAGCUGGGAAACAGGACGAAAUCAAAAUGGACGAGACCAAGAAACCUGGAACUGAGACCAAACCUAAGGACACAAUGUCCAGCUUUGGAGAAGGAUACGCAACGAGGUCAGACGAAGAAGGUUUUGGAGGGAUCUAUGGAGGAAACCAAGAUGUUGAGGAAAAGAUCGUCCAUGGAAAUGUUCCUGAGUAUGAUACAAAACAAGGGAGUGAAGUGAAGGAGAAGGAGAAGGCUCGUAACCAGCCUCAAGCAUCAUGAAUGAACUAAAAGAAAAGGGCUCCCUUUUGGGCACUUGACUUUAUCAGAAUUGACAGAGCUACUUUUUCAUUUUUCUUUCUAAGCUUUAGAAUGUAAUUACGUUCCUGUUUUUGUUGGGAUAUAUAGUGCUAUAUAUACCCAGCCUCAUGGAAUAAAACUUUCAUAGUUUCCGUA